AUGCACGCCAGAACGGGUUUUAGUAACGGCAGGCUGCCAUUUCAUUCCGAGUCAGUCGCGUCCACGGCAGCCGGCACCACGCGGUCACCGUCGCACCCACAGCUGCCCCUAUCCCACCCCACCGCGUCUAGCGCUGCUGCGGCGGCAGCGACUACAUCUUCCUUGAGUGUUGCCGCGAAGGAGGGUGGUACCAACGGCGCGGGCGCGAGUACCUCGGACGGGGCCGAUCCCUACGCACGCCCAGCCAUCUCCCUCAGCGUGCAUCUUCUGGACCUGUACAAGAUGGUGAACGCGCGGUACUGCGCCCAGCGGCGCCUCGAGUCGCCGGGACCGAAGUACAACAGCGGCUACGAUGACAAGGAUGGUCACUAUUUGUUCCUACCAGGGGAGGUGAUCUUCCAGCGGUACAUUGCGCAGGAGGUACUGGGCAAGGGCAGUUUCGGCACCGUUAUCCGCGGCUUUGACCAGAAGCGGUCCGAGGCUGUGGCGAUGAAGAUCACGCGUCGCGGCUCGAGCUUUCGGAGCCAGGCGAAGCUGGAGCUUGACAUCCUGUUGCGCCUCAACGAGAACCCAGCGCUGAACCAUCUCGUGGUGCGGCUGCUGAAGGUGUUUGAAUGGCAGGGCCACCUUGUACUGGUGUUUGAACUGCUGAGCUUCAACCUCUACCAGCUCAUCAAGUGUACCCGGUUCAAUGGCGUGAGUCUGGACCUAGUGCGCAAGUUCGCCUACCAGCUGACGCACACGCUGCUGCAGCUUGAGUUGCAGAAGCCGCACCCGAUAAUCCACUGCGACCUGAAGCCAGAGAACAUACUGCUGCGCAAUCAAAACAGAAGCGGCAUCCGCCUGAUCGACUUUGGCUCCGCCUGCUACACUGCCAAACGUUUCCACCGCUACAUCCAAAGCCGGUUCUACCGAAGCCCAGAGGUGAUACUGUUUCUCGAUUACGGCACGCCGAUCGAUCGCUGGUCGCUGGCGUGCGUGCUAGUGGAGAUGCACACCGGCGUCCCUCUGUUUGACGGCCGCACGGAGGCGGCGCAGCUGGCAAAGAUCGAGGCCACUCUCGGCCCGAUACCGGCGGGAAUGGUGGCAGGGUCGCCCAAGGCAAAUCGGUUCUACUACGGCAACGCCACGUCUGGAUUUCAGCUGAAGGAGCCCAUUCCGGAGCGGCGCACGCUCGAGAGCGUCAUCGGCGUCACCACCGGCGGGCCGCGCGGCCGGCGUCUCCACACUCCCGGCCACGACGAAACGGCGUACCGCGAGUUCCACGACUUCGUCUCACGCUUUUUGCGAUAUGAACCGGAGGAGCGGAUGAACUGCCGCGAUGCACUGCAGCAUCCUUUCCUGAGGCCCCUGUACACUUCAGACCUUCAGCAACAGAAGGAUCGUGAAAUUGCUCAGCCGAUAUCCGCCCCGCAGCCCCCACAGAAACAGCAACACACUCAAUGCUCUCAGAACAGCAAGCCGCAGCCGCAGCCGCAGCCGCCGCAGAGCAUUACUGCCACAACGACAACGACGCUCACCUCCACAGAGCACAGCCGCGCAUCUGCUCUUCCUCCAGUCGAAUAG